UUAUUUAUUUGUUGGUUUUAAUUAAAUCGAUCCUCUUUCGCACUGAGAGAGAGAGAGAGAGAGGGGAGGGCUCCUGGAGAAUUAUCCGAUCGAAUCGAAUCGAAAAAUAGGCAGAGGAGAUAAGGAUUAGGAAACGGCAGUUUUGUUGAGGGAGGGGUGAUGGGGGCGGCGGGGUCGAAACUGGAGAAAGCUCUGGGCGACCAGUUCCCGGAAGGAGAGCGCUACUUCGGCUUCGAGAAUUUCGGCAACACUUGCUACUGCAACAGCGUUUUGCAGGCUCUUUAUUUUUGUGUUCCUUUUCGUGAACAAUUGCUUGAAUACUAUACCAGUAAUAAAAGCGUCGCUGAUGCUGAAGAGAAUCUUAUGACUUGCCUCGCUGACUUAUUCUCUCAGAUAAGUUCCCAGAAGAAGAAAACGGGUGUUAUUGCGCCUAAGCGAUUCGUGCAGAGGUUGAAGAAACAGAAUGAGCUCUUCCGGAGUUACAUGCACCAGGAUGCACAUGAAUUCCUCAACUAUUUGCUGAACGAAGUUGUUGACAUACUGGAGAAAGAGGCUAAAGCUACAAAGACUGAACAUAAAACUUCAUCAUCUUCAUCGUCUCCUGAAAAGAUUGCCAACGGACCAAAAGCUCCUCUGGCUAAUGGCGUGCACAAAGAGCCAGUUGUUACCUGGGUGCACAACAUUUUUCAGGGCAUACUUACAAACGAGACAAGGUGUCUGCGGUGCGAGACAGUGACAGCAAGAGACGAAACGUUCCUAGACCUAAGCCUUGAUAUCGAGCAGAACAGUUCCAUAACUAGCUGUUUGAAAAACUUCAGCUCCACGGAGACGCUUCACUCUGAAGACAAGUUUUUCUGUGACAAGUGCUGCAGCUUACAAGAAGCACAAAAGAGGAUGAAGAUCAAGAAGCCGCCACACAUCUUAGUCAUCCAUCUAAAACGGUUCAAGUACAUGGAACAGCUAGGCCGUUACAAGAAGCUCUCUUACCGAGUGGUCUUCCCUUUGGAGCUAAAACUGAGCAACACGGUGGAGCCAUACACAGACGUCGAGUAUUCGCUCUUUGCUGUGGUGGUUCAUGUGGGAAGCGGACCGAACCAUGGCCAUUACGUAAGCCUAGUGAAGAGCCAUAACCAUUGGCUCUUCUUUGAUGAUGAGAACGUGGAGAUGAUUGAAGAAUCAGCAGUGCAAACAUUCUUUGGAUCGUCUCAGGAGUACUCUAGCAACACUGAUCAUGGUUACAUCUUGUUCUAUGAGAGCCUUGGACCAACCAAGUAAAGGCCGAGUAAGAGGCAACCAUCAGAAAGGACUUUGUUUGUUCCUUAACUAUUAGUAAUGGUAUAUGUUUGGGACUUAAAAAGUCAACAAUUCCUUUGACAGUUACUCUUUUUGUUUGACUUUCUCUAUGUCUCUUUCUCCCAAAGAUAUUUUGGUGAGUUUUUAAAUUGGAAAUGUUUUAUUUAAACUGAAACCUGUAAACUUUGAAAGGCCAUGUACAGUUUACUGGCAAAUAAUCCAGGAAUAAUAAUAUACAUUAUGUUGAA